AUCACCAAACUCUCUGCCUGUCUACUCUAUCUUCAUCUGCUUUGUCACUCACCCGGUGUCACUCACAAGCCUACACUUUCACUCAUUGAGAACACUCUCUUGCUCUAUCUGUAUCACUACAGCACUAGGCUCCAGUUCUCAUCACUUCUCAUUUCUUUCAAGAAUGGUGUUUAAAAUACAGCUUGUCUCCACUAGCCAUGGGAGGGGGCUGAAAGAGGCCUUAGAAGCACAACUUUCUUUCUUAUGUGUUCUUUUUAAUUUUCAGUUAUUUAGCAUUUUCUUUUCGGGUGGCACUGUGCCAUCCAUUGCACACAAGCUUUUUAAUUUAGAUUCGGAUCCAAAAGUCUGCUUUGAUGCCGAUCUAGUAUUUGUCCUUUGUGGAGGAAAUGACAUCUACUGGAAAGGCACCACAGACUCGAGGACCCCUUUGAAUAUUUUAGUUGAGAAAGAAUUUUGUAAUCUUCUCAGCGUCCUUCGUACACGUUUCAGUUCACACACUAAAUUUUGUAUUUUGGG